GUCACUCUGAUACGUUUGGGAACAGAACACGAUGGGAGAAAAUCGAUUCGCCUUCGCCCUCUGAGAGAGAGAUAGGUUCCUUUGAACAUUGAUCAUCCGAUUAAAUCGUCCAAUUGAAUCUAACGAUACGCAGAUAAGAAGGGAGAGAGAGGACAGAUUCCUUUUUAAAAAUCUCUCCGAUCAGAUAAAGCUCGAGAAAGCUCCGACGACCAGUUUCCCGAAGCACAAGGGCUCUUCCUCCUCAAGAUCAUCUAUCAGUCUCCCAUCUAUCUCAUUUGGAAAGGAGAGUAACUCGAGGAUCUUUACUUCUGUCUCAACUACAGCUACUCAUAUUCGGUCUGCCAUUGAUUGCAUGAUACGUGAUAGGAUUCUUUCUCUACCACCGUCGCAGAAUCAACGCCAGCCUUCAAUCCUGCUGCUGUUUGAUAUUUUUUUUUAAGAACCUUUAACUAAGAGCCUUGCAAUGGAGCAAUUAAAUGUUGGUGUUUCUUACCUUUGUCUUUUUUUUUUCUUCUGAACGAGAAAAGUUCAGUCUUACGAUGGAAAUAAGGAAACGGAAGCUCGCCGACGACGGUGGCGCGUCAGUUGACGGCGCUGGUUAUGAUCGGAAUCCGUCUAAAUCAGGUCGAGCGACGCGAUCUACGAGGCGGAUAUUCAUGUUCUGUCUCGCGUUUCGUGUGGUGAAUGCUUUGUUGAUUCAAACCUAUUUCAAUCCCGACGAGCAUUGGCAAUCCCUCGAAGUAGCUCAUCGUACCGUCUUCGGUUAUGGAUAUUUGACAUGGGAGUGGAAGAGAGGGAUACGAAGCUAUUUGCAUCCUAUGGUAUUCGCUUUCUUGUACAAACUUCUUCACCUCACGGGUCUUGACACUCCCUACGUUAUGAGCAAAGCUCCACGUCUCAUGCAAUCCAUAUUUUCAGCUCUUGGUGAUCUUUAUUUGUACAAAUUGUCUGAUGCUCUUUAUGGAGAAAAUGUCGCAGGCUGGUCUCUAUUUUGUCAAAUGGCAAACUGGUUCAUGUUCUUCUGUAUGAACCGUACGUUUUCAAACUGUUUGGAGACUGUUCUCACCAUCAUGGGACUAUACUACUGGCCUUGUAUUAGAGAUUCUUCAAUUGGCCAUACUGUGAAUCGGAAGUGGGGUUUGGUCAUAGCGGCCCUAGCAUGUGCCAUUAGACCUACAAGUGCAAUCAUAUGGUUAUAUGUUGGGACGCUUGAGCUAUUUUUGACGCCUAAUAAGGUCAAAUUCAUCGUCCUAGAGGUGAUCCCGAUUGGGUCUUUGGUCCUCGGCUUAACCUGUUCGCUGGACCGUCUGAUGUACGGCUCAUGGGUCAUUGUGCCUCUUAAUUUUCUCAAGUUCAACUUCCUUUCAUCUGGUGGAGACUAUUACGGAACUCACCCAUGGCACUGGUACUUCUCCCAGGGAUUUCUUGUCAUGCUUUUCACUUUCACACCACUCUCCAUUGCUGGAAUGAUCAACUCUAAGAGUCAGAAGCUUUCAGCUCUUGUUCUAUGGGUUUUAACGAUUUACAGCCUGCUCGGCCACAAGGAAUUCAGGUUUGUGCUGCCUGUGCUACCCCUUGCUUUGAUAUUCUCUGGGUAUGCCCUUACUCAAAUGGAGGGAUCUGAUUCUUCACCAUCAUCAUCAGUAACUAAAAAGAAGCAAGUCCCUAGAAAGAAGCACAUCGUGAAGUGGUCUACUAAACUAACACUUUCAGUCUUAUUUUUACUUGUGACCAAUAUCCCAAUGGCACUAUACAUGAGUUUAUUCCAUCAGAGAGGGACGGAGGAUGCGAUGAACUACUUAUCGGAAGAAGCACACAAAGGGAGAGUAAAGAGCAUUCUCUUUCUCAUGCCAUGCCAUUCUACUCCCUACUAUUCCACUCUCCAUAGUAACAUUCCAAUGCAAUUUCUGGACUGCACGCCAAGUGAAGAGAAGGGAAAACUUGACGAGUCAGACCGAUUCAUGAUGAACCCUUUAGGUUUCGUAUCAGAGUUAGCUGGAAACUGGUCAGAGCCGCCUAGCCACAUUGUGAUGUUUGCAUCAGAAGAAACAAAACUCAGAGAUUUGAUAAUCAAACAUUCCUUUAGAGAGGUGAAAAGAUUCUUCCACGCGCAUUUCAAGGUUGAUAGAGAUCUUCAGUCCUCAGUGGUUGUCUAUGCUAACAUAGAAAACUGAUUCUAGGUUUCGUGUUGGUUUUGGUUGGUUUAGCUUCACAGUUUUAAAAACGCCGUGAUGUUUGUAGUGGUUUUUGAAUGAACGACACACGAUUGUGUAAUUUUGUUAUUUGUUUUUUUUUUCCUUAAUGUAACGUCAUAUGUACACGAUUUGAUGUCAUUUAUAUAAAGUUUGUAUCCGUUGUUUUUA